UUUCUCAGAGACAUUGAAGCCGUAACUUCAACCUCUUUCGAAAGCGAAGAUGACCGCAUGCAAGCAUUCCUGGGGACGUACGCUCUAUUGGCAUGCCUAGAUUCUCCGUGGGAGACAUUAGUGAGGAUCUGCAUGACACAGCCGGCUCUUUGUGCAGCUCUGAAGAUCUUAGAAGACCUACAACUUUUCGAAAAAUGGCAGGCUCGAAACGGGGAACCGAUGACGAGUUGCCAGCUCGCUGAACUUCUUAGAGGCGCAUGUGAUCCCGCACUACUCUAUCGGUUCCUGCGGCUAAUGGCAUCGAACCAUCUCCUCGAAGAAACGUCAAUAGGAGUCUUCAAGCCAACAUCAUUCGGACUCGCCAUCACAUCACCGGUAUUCGACAGUCUAAUCCACAGCUUCAACGACACAAUUCUCCCAAUGUACGCCAAAAUGCCAGAAUAUUUUUCAAAAACGCACUACACCAACCCACAAGACUCCUCCAACACAGUCUUCCAGUACGCGCAUCAGUGGGACAGCGAUCUGUGGUCAUACUACCAAGCCCACCCCAAACAACAAGAGCAGUUCAACAUCAUUCAGCAAACCAUCUCCGGACUGCAUCCUUCGUGGACGGAGAUAUUCCCCGCUGAGAGACUGAUGGAGGGAGAUGAUGAUUCUCAGGUGCCAUUGCUGGUGGAUAUUGGCGGGAGUACCGGGCACGAUGUUCUCAAGUUUCACUCCAUCUACCCAGAGACAGCCUCUCGAUAGUAUCUCGAGGAUUUGGGACCGGUUGUUGAGAAGGCUGUCUUGCCGGAGGGAGUACACCAGAUUUCAUACGACUUCUUCACAGCUCAGCCGAUCAAAGGUGAGUAAGCCCUUCCUCUCUU